CUGCGGCGGUGCUGCUGAGCGGUACAACAGGACUGAGUUGACUUUGAGGAUUUAGAAACGUCAACGUCAGACAGACCGAAAUCAAAAAAGCAGACGCACUCUUGAGCCUUCACCGCGCUGGGGAAUCACUUUUCAGUUGAAGAGGUCUCUGACUUUUGAGGAGAUUCUCUUUUGAUUGGAGAAGGUGUGCCACUCACCAGAGAUAAAGGACAAACAUUGUAAUCAGUCCUCUACUUUUUUCUUCUUUUUUUAUUUUUCUUUACCACCUCUGAGAGCAAUUCCCCUUGCAGAAGAUGUGUUACACUGUGCGAUUGGUCUUUGUAUCCAUGUGCGUAAUGAACGCGGCACAUUGCGCUCAAUUUGAAUCAGAGGAUGUUCUACCUGUUCGGAUAAAGGCAAGAACGAGCGGUCGCUUUUGGAAAAGGAGCGAGGAACAGCCGAGAUUUGUCCUCAGAGCGUUUGACAAGGACCUGACUCUAAAUCUUACACCAGACACCAGCUUUAUCGCUCCUUCCUUCACCGUGCAGCGAAUCAAGGCCAGAGAUGCUGGCGCUUUACGCAGCGCUUCAGGUGGCCAACCCGUGCCGGACCCGGAUCUCAUGAGCCAGACAGAGGACAGUGAAGCACAUCUGAGGAGCUGCUUCUACUCCGGCAACGUAGAUCACGAUCACAACUCGCUCGUGGCCGUCAGCCUGUGCUCCGGCAUCCUCGGCUCCUUCAUCACGGAAGGGAACGAGUAUCUAAUUGAGCCCAAACUCCGCGGCGCGCGAGGGCCAGACUCCGCCGAGCAGCCGCAUGUCAUCACGAGGAGGACCCUCGUCCAAAGCCGGGGCGCUCCGCUCCUGUUUGAUCACGCGGCGGAGGUGCGCCGAGCGGAGGUGCACAGCGGGGAGAGUUUUACGCGCGGCGACGGUGACGCACGGAGGGAACCUCGCCGGAGACGCUUCGUUUCCGCGCCGCGGUUCAUAGAGACCCUAUUGGUCGCCGACUCCACCAUGACACACUUCUAUGGAGAUGAAAUAAAGCACUACAUUCUGACACUGAUGUCCAUGGCAGCCCAGCUGUACAAGCACCCCAGCAUAAAGAACUCGGUUAACAUGGUGGUGGUGAAGAUGUUGAUAGUGGAGGACGAGGAGGUGGGCCCUGAGUUAUCCAGCAAUGGAGGCGUGGCUCUGAGGAAUUUUUGCUCCUGGCAGCAACACUUUAAUCCACCAAGCCAAAGACACCCAGAGCACUAUGACACUGCCAUGCUGUUCACUAGAGAGGACAUCUGCGGACACAAGAGCUGCGACACGCUGGGUGUGGCCGACGUGGGGACGAUGUGUGAUCCGAAGAGAAGCUGCUCCGUCAUUGAGGACAACGGCCUGCAAGCCGCCUUCACUGCUGCACAUGAGCUCGGUCAUGUGUUGAGCAUGCCCCAUGACGACUCCAAGACCUGCGAGAGGCUGUUUGGAGAUCUGGGCGGACAUUUCCUGAUGGCUCCGCUGUUCGUCAGCCUGAACGAGACCGCCCCUUGGUCUCCCUGCAGUGCUCUCUACGUUACCGAGUUCUUUGACAAUGGACACGGGGACUGCCUGCUGGAUGUCCCGGAGAGUACGGUGCCAUUACCAAGUGAGCUGCCAGGCACCAAGUACAGCCUGGACAAACAGUGUCAGCAGAUCUUCGGCGAGGAGUUCAUCCACUGCCCCAACACCUCGGACAGUGACGUCUGCAGCCAGCUUUGGUGUCAAGAGGACGGCACAAUGCAGUGCACCACCAAGAACGGCAGCCUGGCCUGGGCUGACGGCACCCCCUGCGGUCUCAAUGGGACCUGUCUCCGUGGAGCGUGCAUGCCGACCCACGAGGUGAUGAAGCCACUGGUGGUUGUGGACGGCGGCUGGAGCUUGUGGGGACCAUGGCAGCAGUGCUCCAGAACAUGCGGAGGUGGAGUGGAGUUCUCGUACAGGGAGUGCACUGACCCCGUUCCUCGGAACGGAGGGAAGUACUGCGAGGGACAGAGGGUCCGCUAUCAGUCCUGCAACACGCAGUCUUGUGACAACAACGAGGGGAAGAGUUUCAGAGAGGAGCAGUGUGGAAAGUACAACAGCCUCCACUACCUGGACUACAACGGUAACAUGAAACAGUGGAUACCAAAGUACGCCGGCGUUUCUCCCAGAGACAGAUGUAAGCUGUUCUGCAGGGCCAGAGGCAGCAGUGAAUUCAAGGUGUUUGAAUCCAAGGUGAUUGAUGGGACGACCUGUGGCCCCGACACCACAUCGGUAUGUGUCCAAGGCCAGUGUGUGAAGGCAGGCUGCGACCAGGUGAUUGGAUCUAACAGGAGAGUGGACAAGUGCGGAGUGUGUGGAGGCAGUGGGCUCACCUGCAGAAAGAUCACAGGCUCCUACAGCAAAGCAACUUAUGGAUACAGUGACAUUGUCACAAUUCCCAUUGGCGCCACUAAUAUUGACAUCAAACAGCGGAGCCAGAGAGGAAUCAAACAUGAUGGGAACUACCUGGCAGUAAAAAGAGAGAGCGGUGGUUACAUCCUCAAUGGUAACUUCUCUGUAUCCACGGUGGAGCAGGACAUCCCGGUGCUGGGUGCUGUGCUGAAGUACAGUGGCUCCUCCACUACGCUGGAGAGGAUCCAAAGCUUCAGGCAACUGAAUGAGGCCAUCACCGUCCAGAUCCUGGCCACCGCGGGGGACGCCAACCCACCUAAGGUCAAAUAUACCUUUUUCAUCCCUCGAGAUGUGACCUUGAAUAAAUCCAAGGAGAAGAAGGGCUCGUCGCCGUCUCUGCAUAUGAUCCAUCCCUUCGGCAUGCCUGACUGGGUGCUGGGGGAGUGGUCUGAGUGCUCCAAGAGCUGUGGCUCCGGGUGGUCCAGGAGGAACGUUGAAUGCCGAGACAACGCAGGCUUCCUCUCCAGCCAGUGCGACAAUGACCUGAAACCGGCAGACAUCAAGCCGUGCGGGGAUCUGCCAUGUCCCAUGUGGCAGUUGGGACCUUGGUCCACCUGCUCACGAAAUUGUGGCCAGGGGGAGCGCCGCCGCAGCGUCUUCUGCAUAGACUACACUGGCAAGAUUGCUGAGCAAGAGAAGUGUGACCCGAACAAAAUCCCUGAGCCCGUCUCCGGAGAAUGUCUCAACCAGGAGUGCUUAUGAAGAACAUGAGUACAGUGAACUUUCCCACUGCACUUACCAACCAUGGAUGGAUUACUGGACAUGGCAUGAAGGGCACAGGCCCAAGAGGGCAAUGGACAUAAUGACAACAAAAACAAACAAGACCACAAAGAGACACACAAAAAUACAAAAUGACACAAAACACCACAAAGACAUCAAAAAUGACAUGUAAAAUCAUCCAUAAUGAGUCAAAAACUACCACAAAAACACAUAAAACUACCACACAGAGACACAAAAUGAGUAGAGAUAAAAAUAAAAAAAUGACUUUGCAUAGAUGCAAAGAGACUGUAAGCCAUACAAUUACGAAGAGAUACAAAACAACAACAAAGAGACACAAAAUGACAAACAACAUAUUUGAUUCUUUUUCUGUGAGUGUGUCUCUGGGAUUCUGACCGGUCUGGGUCCUACAUUAGAGCGGCGGGGGGGUUUUUGCUGGUUUGUGCCCAAGGGACCUUUGUCUCAUAAUCUGUCCAUGUUACCAACUGGUUGCAUUGAGUAAAAUCAAAGGCAUUUUGCCUGCAUUUUUUUGCUUUGUCAUUUUUUUCUUGACAUUUGACAACCACUAUUGAAAUUUGAAACAAUGGAAAUCUACCUCAUGUGAUAUGUGUGUAUAUAUAUAUAUAUAUAUCUGCUAGAUGACGGUGCUGUGUGUGUGUGUACAGGAUGUGUGUAUGUGUGCGUGUGUGUGUAUUUUCAAGAAUGAGGAGUUUUGUAGUCCUGCUUUAAACAGAAACCGACUUCAUGGGUAAGGUUUGGUCAAAUCUGCAGUUUGUUUCAGUCUUAGUCAGUUUGGUGUCAUUUAAAGUGGGGCUAGAACAACAACAUGAAACCUGCUGUCUAACACCAGCACAGUGUAAAUAUACCUCCAGUCGUCCUCUAAAAAAACUCAAUCCCUAUGAAGCUUUGAUCAAGCCAUUUACCUGUUAUUCGGGGUACGUACACAUGACCUGAGGCGUUGGGAUUCAAGCCUUAAGGGACUGCUCCGGUUUGAUUCCUCAUUUUUCUACAAACAUACCAGAAUGCUAUUUUUUUUUGUUUUUUAACUAUGGGGAAACCAUUCACUGACACUUAACCUGACAAUAUGUUGGACUUUAAACUGUGCCAGGUAUAGUCUGCAUCAAAACAAACUGUUUCAGUGAAAAUGACUGGCCCGCCCUGACCAGAAACAGGACCUGGACAGAGAAUUUCCUCCGGUCCUAUUGUUUCCUUUUGGCCUUUUUUUCCAGGUGCAUUAAAAAGGAGUUAUAUAAUGCAGAGGAACAUUGGUGCAAACAGUUUGCAAUGCAACAAAUGUCUAUUUGGAGGUGUUAUUACUAAGUUAUUAGCAUAGUAUCUAUCGUGUAUAAGAAAAAAAUAACAUUGACUUUAUUCUUUUUCUGACUUGUAUUUGUAAAAGCAUCCUAUGCAAACCCUCACAGUUGUUUUCAGACUGGUAUGUAUAUUUGAUUUCUUCAUUCCUGUUGUUAAUUUACAAUAUAUUAUAAAACAGAUGAAGUAUUAGGUCUAUAUCCCUUCAGUGAAGGACCAUACUAUUUUAUGAUUACAGCUUCCUUUUUAAGCUAUUUAUUUUUGUAAAGUUUUUACCAUGGACUUGUAAUUAAAUAAUGGCAAAUGCUGCUGUCUUUAAGUUUUUUUUUUGUCAUAAAAAUUGUCAAAUAAACACAUUUAUG